AUGGCUACUGCAGUUCUUGAUAAAAAACUCACCAGUCAUUUGAAUUCAAUGUCAAGCAAUUUCAAGACAUCUAUGGAUGAGUACUUGCAGUAUGAGAAGGGGUCUCUCUUAAGAAAUAGAUAUCGGUUUAUGAGAGACUUGCAAGCAGGAUCGUUUGGUAAAGUUACGUGUGCGCUGGACACCACGAAUAAUACCCGUGUCGCUAUAAAGGCUAUGAAGAGAUCAAUUCCUGGGGUCCGGUUUAUGGCUAGGCAUGAGAUUUCUGUUAUGAACAGAUUGGGCUACCAUCCUAACAUCUGUCAGCUGAUCGAGAGUUUCGAGACUCGCAAAUACAUUGUUUUGGUCCUGGAAUACAUCCCAGGUGGUGAUUUGUACGAUGCCAUUCACAAUCAUACAAAGAUGGGAUUGACUUUGCAGGAGGAUCCGGAGCUGUUUGCUCAGAUAUGCUCACAGCUCAUUGAUGUGAUCAAGUUUUCGCAAUCCAAGAGCAUUUACCACCGGGAUGUUAAACCGGAGAAUGUUCUUUUGAUGGAAGAUGGUUCGGUGAAGUUGUGUGACUGGGGCUUGGCAACAAGUGCCGUCAACUGCAAGGACUUCAACGUUGGAACCGAGAAGUAUAUGGCCCCGGAAGCAUUGGGGGAGCAUAAGCCUUCUGAGACUUACAACUCGAAACUUGCCGAUGCCUGGUCGUUGGGUAUCACUUUGCUAUAUACCCUGUUUGGAAAGUGCCCAUUUAGAAAGGCACUAAAGUCAGAUACAAACUACAGGAGAUUCCAGAAGUCGCCUGAAUUUAUGUAUGAUUUGUAUCCGAACUUGAGCACUUCUGGCUUUGAUGUCAUUGUCAACAAGCUUAUGAUCGAGCGCGAUUUGGGGUCUGGCUUCGAGACGUCUUUGACUUCUGCCAUGAUGAAAGGCUUCACUGUCGAUCAGGAAUACAAUUACGAGGUUCUUCAGACUUCAAGUUCUGAGAAGAAGAACUCUGAUCUUUCAGAGGAGAAUAGCCUUGGUGGGGAGUUUUACAUGUUUGAUCAGGAACAGCCUGCUGUAGAUGCCGAUGCCAUGGAUAGACAUGACUAUUCACACAUCAAAUAUGAUGAAAUUCCACAAGAGGAUCUUCAAACAGCAGAGUACGGUGUUCCUAUUACUGUGGACUCGCUUUCAAAAUCCAAGAAUUUGGCUUCUGUUGCUUCAUCCUCGUAUAUGCAUGGUGGCAAUUCGCUAUUUGAGCCACAUCCUUCCAGCUCUUUGGUGAAUUCAUUUGACACUACAGUCCCAGAGGAGAGCUAUAUAGGCUUGGCCGGAAAAAGACCUAGCAACAAGGUCGACAUCGAUGGUUAUGUGAACCGCUUUGAGAGUUUUAUGAGAAAACAGGACCCACAGUUCACAGGCCGCUCGUUAAUGAGGGAACGUUAA